GAAUAAUGUUACUAACGGAAAUGUAAAGUUUUUGAAACGAUAUUACAUUCGUAUAGGUGAUUUACAUCUUCAAAUAGACUUUUAAGUCCCAAGUUUCAAGAGUUAAUCAUUGAAAGUUGAACAACAUUUACAAAAGUUAUCAUACAAAUGGAAGCUUUCCAUGUUGAUUAUAAUCGAAAACUUAAUAGUGAUCAAUUUUGGUGGUUUAUAUUCACUCAAGUUGACAUGAAUCAUAAUGGGAAAAUUGAUAAAAAUGAAUUUAAAGAAUAUAUGAAUAAAUAUAUUGGAGUAAUUAGUCGUAAAGAUGUAGAAAAAGCAUUUAAAUAUUGUGAUCGUGAUAAUAAUGGAACGAUUGAAUAUGAAGAAUUUAAAAAAUAUAUGCUUUGUGAAUAAUUAAUUUUGUUUAUUUAAAACAUUUAGAUAAAUAUUCAAAUAAAUUAUAACUUUUAUUUGUUUCUUUUCUUCUUUUUCUUUUUCUUUAAAUUUUAAUUCAUUUACCUUUUGUACAUUGUUCAAGAUUAGUUUUUUGUUUUAAUUCUUAUGAAUAUAUGUAUGAUCUAUUU